CAAAAAAGAGACAAGAAAACAAAACAAUACUGAAGACCCAUGACGAGCUCAAGUGAUAAUGUGGUAUAGCUUCAUUAUACUUCUUCCUCCGCUGGCUACAGCACUAUGUGCACCCACUGCUUCUGUGACAAUCUCUAUACAUGGGAAAUUGCUUCCUCAGCCGACGUCAGUAUUCGACGACGAGUCUCAUGCUGCUUUGCGGCGUGAUGCCACCAAUAGUGCUUCUACCACGCAAGUAUCCCUAGUCACGUCUUACGCACCACCUUCAGUAUGUGGCUGGUCUGACGGCGAUGCGACUAGCGGCGCAUUGUACUGCAGCUAUGGCGCCCAAUGCCUUUUCCAUGCGUCGGACUCGGCCUGGCCAGCUAUGAGGGGAUGUUGUCCACUCGGCUAUGAUGGCGGCUGUGAAUUCGAAACCACCUGCUAUGAUAGCUCCCGUCUCUCUGCUACUCCAUCGUUGCUUUCCACUACUGAUCCGUUUGGUGUCUACUGCCCCGAUACAAUCGCACCAUCAUGCAUCCCAAUAGUCUUCCCUCAGCUAGGAUAUACAGACUACGGAUGUGGAACAGUAUUCACUACAUUGACAAUAUACACGGAUCUCACAAUUACGCCCACGGCGUCAAGCAGCUCAGCAUACAUUACAAUGGCAUCGAUGAGUUCUGUACCUGAUAGCCUGCUGCAGGAACUUGCCAAUUAUGAUCACAGGACAUCAUCAUCAUCAUCAUUAUCAUCACCACCACCACCAUCACCAUCACCAUCGACGCCAGUCAGUAUAUCAAAACCUACUUUCUCUGCUGUUCCCUCCUCGGCUGGUUCCUCCACACCAGUCGGCGCCAUUGUCGGUGGAGUGGUGGGUGGAGUCGUCGGUAUUGGAGCUCUUUGUGCCGCGUCCUUCAUAUUUUGGUUAUCGAAGAAGAAGCAGAAGUCGAAAAUGGAAAGUACCGAGGGCCAGUUGAACCCGCGGUAUUCCACGGUCCCACAGUCAUUCCAAACCUCGAUCAUUUCUGAAGUUGAUGGGGCGCAAGUCCCAAAUACGGGACGUGCUGAGUUGUACGUCCCAGAAAUAUAUAGUAUAAGGCAAGAACCAGUUGAGAUGGACGCUCAUGGUCCCAAGGGAGUAGUGGAGCUGCCGUCGAAGUAGCUUAUGCCCCUAUAUAGGAAGAGAUAAGAUGCUAUAUAUGGGCAGUUUGCUUUCGUCAAAGAGAGCGGUUGAAAUGGGAUUCAUGCAAGAUGAAUCUCCUGGCUAACGCGUACACACCGUCAUUGGAUGGCGAGUCAAUCGCUUUUCUGAUGAAACGGCUAGCGCCAGAAUAGAGAAGAUGGAUUUGAAGAGGCUAAUUACCAAUCACGAUUUAUGUAACAUACGUCAACUAACUAAAUAAAUAAUAACUAGUCAGUUUUUGA